AUGUCUGAAUUUGCACCCAACCAGGGUCCUGUGGCUUGGUCACAAAAUCUACACUACUUGUGGCAGAAUGAAAAGAAUCUGACGAAAGUACAGUCUGAACUUGGUGAUGCCAUAUCCCAGAGAUCACGUACUCCUGGAAAUGACACGCGACUAUUGCAAGAGAAAGACGCCGAGAUUGAAAGGUUGAAGGCGGAGCUAGCCUUCCAUCAGAGCAAUGCUAGUUUAGUACUACAAAGAUUAAGUCAGCAAGACCGCGAAAUCUAUAACCAGAACAUCAGAAUUCAGCAACAAGAGCGAACGAUCAGAGUCCACUCAGCAGAGUUGUCAAAGGUCCAGGACCGCCAGCAACCGCAUCACACAACCCCUUCCCAUCAACGCAGCCAUUUUACUACUCUUGGAUACUCAGGUUCUUCACCGUUUCACGAAACACCAGUCCAAAAUGGCUUCGGUCCACCUCUAAAUUCUGAAGUAGCUCUCCCACCGGGUUAUCAUACUCAGUGGGGUACCUUCAAAUUUCCGAACGCCUCUUCCAACCCGGACCAAACUCUUGUUGUGCGUCAGCCUUCUAUUAGCAAUCCUGCGCAACCAUUUCGAGGAGGUGCCGACAGGCAAGGGUCUCCAUUUCCUGUCAAUCAGAUGAGAAACAUGACCCUCCAAAAUCACGUCAAUUCCCAAGAUAACGAAUAUCGAACACCACCUCGUGGUCAUCCUGCAUCUGAUAGUACCGGUAGCAACAAUUACGGUACUUCUGCUACAAGCACAGAAGCAAGCGGUCGAAUGUUCCCACCAGUCCCGCCACAAACUCCGGUUCAGAGGACGGAGUCCGCUAUGUCUAGGCCUCGGAGUAUGAAAGACGCCGUUAUUCCGUACUCGACGGGCACUAGGGAAGACGAGCUUAGUAAAAAGCUCGCAGUACUUUUCGACGAAGCCGUCGAUUUCGCGUACACUUUUGCCAACUUUCCAAGCAAUGCAGCUGAUAAAGCCAUGCCACAGCACAUUAAAGACAUCUUAAUGAGCAAGGCCACACAGACUACAGCCUUUCGCUUAAUGCAAAGCCAACAGACACGGUAUUGGUUGGUGGCCAAGGUUAUCCUAGGUGAUAUAAUUGAUGUCGUCUUCGGCGUCCUCACUUUUGUCGGGCUUGACGCUAGUAUCGAUGAAACUGUUGCGGCGAUAAGGCAAAAGCUAAAACCGAACACCCCUAACGAAAUCCGUCGACUCUAUCUGCGAGAGAUCACUGAGAAACACAACAAGCUCCGAAACCAUCCUGCUUGGGAGGAUUUUACAUCUCGAAAGGCAUGGGAAAGAGCUAAUGCCCUCUGGAGUAUUGUUCACCCUAUCAUGCAUCAGAGGGUGCCUGGCGAUUUCGGAAGGCUGCAAGGCCUGAUGAAGCAAGCAUAUUCGGUCGCGGAGCUGCGGUUCACCGAUUCUGCGGAAUAUCAGAUUUAUUUUCCGGUAUACAACCAAAUGUUCGACGCUAACACAAUGGUGAACUUCGAUCAGGAGUACAGAAGUCUAAGCUCCGGGGCAAUUGCAGCAAGGGACCUGCAUGUUAGACUUGGUGCAAUGCCUCAUGUCACACGUACCACGAUCGGUGAGCAUGGUGUGGUUAAUACAAAGGCGUUGUGCAAGGCUGCAGUCUUGCUUAAAGACCCCCCGCAAAACAGGAAUACUGCGCAUUCGUAG